AUGGCUCAGGAAAGUUGCGAACGGGUGAAGCCGACCGACACGGGGGCCAAACUCUCUAAGCAGUCCGCAGCUUUCAUUGAGGGUUUACCAUGUCAUGUAUUUCGCUCCUAUCCUGAGCGUCCCAAUCAGCUGGAGCAGCCUAGCCUCAAUCAUGCAUUACCAAUUAUCCAUCGCAUCUUGUUGAUAGUAGCUAUCUCUUGGAGAGACGGUGCACACGUCAUGCCAUUUAGUCUAGAAGUAAGCAGAGGACUUUGGGCCGCCGAUUGGGUGAUAGUGAUCGUGAGGAAGGAUCGUCAGUCUCGUGGAUACGAAGUCACCGAGUCUGAUACCGGCCUAACGCUAUAUCGGGACAUUGUGUCAACAUUGCCCAUCGUUCACCAUCAAAGCCCAAUGAAACAACUUACUAGAGAGAAAGCUAUGGUCAAAGCCAAGCAGAAUGGUCUCGCAUAUAGCUCGGCUCCGGAAAGUUGGCGGUGGGGCUUUGGUCACGCGUCCACG